AUGGUCGCGUUCCUCCGCGUCCUCGCCCUCGCCGCCCUGGCCGUCGCCGCUCCCGCCGAAGAUGCGGAUGCCCGCAAGUGCGGCGGCCGCUUCGCGCGAACCCGCCCGUCGCCCAAGGCCCUCGUCGUCGACGCCUCGGGCGCCCGAGCCAACAGCUUCCCGACCCUCAACGACGCCGUGCUCGCCCUCAAGAACGUCACCGAGGAGCAGACCAUCUUCGUCAUGCCCGGCACCUACACCGAGCAGGUCCGGAUCCCCGACUACAACGGGCCCCUGACCAUCCAGGGCUACACCUGCGACGCCCGCUCCUACCAGAGCAACACGGCCACCCUGACCAACAACCUCUCCCGCACGCUCGCCAACCUCACGAGCAACGACCAGACCGCCACCCUCCGCCUCUGGGGCGACAACAUCAAGAUCUACAACCUCAACAUCGCAAACACCUUUGGCCAGGCCGACAAGAACGGCCAGGCCCUCGCCGUCAGCGCCCAGAAGACCAACCUCGGCUUCUACGGCUGCAGCUUCACCGGCUACCAGGACACCAUCUACGCCAACGAGGGCCGCCAGAUCUACGCAAAGUCCUUCAUCAACGGCGCCGUCGACUUCGUCUUCGGCCUCCGCGCCGCCGCCUGGUUCGAGACCUGCGACAUCCAGACCAUCGGCAAGGGCUACAUCACCGCCAACGGCCGCGACGCCGCCAACAACACCUCCUUCUACGUCUUCAACCGCGCCAACGUCACCGGCACCAGCGGCCCGGCCUCCGUCACCCUCGGCCGCCCCUGGAGGCCCUUCUCCCGCGUCGUCUUCCAGAACAGCUUCCUCGGCGACGUCGUCAAGCCCGUCGGCUGGUCCACCUGGGACAACACCCAGAGCACCGCCGACGUCUUCUACAAGGAGUACAAGAACACCGGCCCGGGUGCCGAGGGCGUCCGCGCCAACUUCAGCUCCACCCUCGACGCGCCCAUCGAGCCCGUCACCGUCCUGGGCGACGGCUUCAAGAAGGAGUGGUGGGUGGACGCGAGCUACUUGUAG